AUGUAUGUGCCUAAACGUAGUGAUAAAACGGAGCCAAUUGAACGUGGCUGCCGGCGCCGCGGCGGCCUCAGCGCUUCCUGCGUGCCGCCGGUGCUCGCGCCGCCCCCGCCCGCAACGCAAGGUCAAUCUGAGGCUCCAAUUAGACAGGCAGCAGUGAAUCGGAAGGAAACCAAUUGUUGCCGUUGUGUGCGGCAGUUCAAAAGACGCACCGGGUCAACGGCCCGAAGCAGCUUCCCUGAAGUGUCGCAGCGGCAGCCGAGCAGCGAGGCUAUGCGGGGGCCGGAUGGAAAACUGGGCAGCGCCGUCGGAGCAGUUGGCAGUGUGUGGGAGAAGUCUGGCGUCUCUGUGAGAGACAUUGAAGUUUUCCGAUACUGGUUGUAA